ACCGUCAUUUUAACACCCUUUUGGCUUCGGGCUUUGGCCAAUAGCUAUAUUAUCAAUUAAAUUCGAUUUAAAUCGUACGUUGGUUACGGGAUACUAGCAAUUUCAUCAUAAAUUGGCUCUCUGUGGCUUCAAACUUUUCUGUCUCCAGUCUGAACUUUGUCGAGCUCAGAACCCUGAGGCCCCGAACAACAUGAAGAGUCCCUGACUGUCUUCCACCUCAAAUCCCCAAUUCUGGUCUUGUUUUAUCGCUUAGAAUUAGAAAUUUAGAAAUAGGAACUCUUGCUUUUGCGUCUCAGCUCUCAGAACGUGACCAUGUCCGGACCACUCGAUCGAUUUGCCAGGCCUUGUUUUGAGGGGUUCUCUAGCCAUGACGAGAGAAAAGAAAGGAAGUCAGAUUAUGAGAAUUCAGAGGACGAUAGGAGGACUAGAAUUGGGAACCUGAAGAAGAAAGCAAUCGAUGCGUCUAGUAAAUUCAGACAUUCGCUCAAGAAGAAAAGGAGGAAGAGUAGCAGUCGGCUCACUUCUGUUUCAAUUGAGGAUGUACGGGACGUUGAGGAGCUACGGGCUGUUGAUGCAUUUCGGCAGGCACUUAUCUUGGAAGAAUUGCUACCUCCAACACUUGAUGACUAUCAUAUGUUGUUGAGAUUUUUGGUAGCAAGAAAGUUUGAUAUCGAGAAAGCAAAGCAUAUGUGGGCCAGCAUGAUUCAAUGGAGGAAAGAAUUUGGUACUGACACAAUUUUGGAGGAUUUUGAGUUCAGUGAGCUGAAUGAAGUUCUAAAGUACUACCCUCAGUGUUAUCAUGGUGUUGACAAAGAGGGAAGACCUGUUUAUAUCGAAAGAUUGGGGAAAGUUGAUCCCAGUAAGCUCAUGCAAGUGAGUUCCUUGGAACGGUAUGUGAGAUACCAUGUGCAGGAGUUUGAAAGGAGUUUUGCCAUUAAGUUUCCUGCCUGUUCUAUUGCUGCAAAGAGGCAUAUAGAUUCAAGCACAACAAUUUUAGAUGUUCAAGGCGUGGGUUGGAAAAACUUUACCAAGUCUGCCCGAGAUCUCAUGGUACGGCUGCAGAAGAUUGAUAGUGACAACUAUCCUGAGACACUUUGCCGAAUGUUUAUAAUUAAUGCUGGUCCUGGUUUUAGGAUGCUCUGGCCUACAGUUAAAGCAUUUCUUGAUGCUAGAACAACUGCGAAAAUUCAUGUUCUGGGUAACAAGUACCAGAGCAAAUUACUUGAAAUAAUCGAUGCAAGUGAGUUGCCAGAAUUUCUGGGUGGUAGCUGUACCUGUUCCAAUCAGGGAGGUUGUAUGAGGUCUGAUAAGGGGCCAUGGAAUGACCCAAACAUAUUAAAGAUGGUACUUAGUGGCGAAGCACAAUGUUUCAGACAAAUAGUUACAGUUUCUAACAGUGAGGGAAGGAUAAUUGCUUCUGAUAAGCCACGUAUUCCAAUGAUAAGAAGUAGUGAUACAUCUACCGCGGAGUCGGGAUCUGAAGUGGAAGAAAUUGCUUCACCUAAAGCAACUAGGAGCUACAUACAACCUAAGUUGACUCCUGUUUGUGAAGAAGCUAGGGUUGUUGGUAAAGCAAGUAGCUCUGCUGGUUUGUCAGAGUACGAUGAAUACGUUCCUAUGGUUGACAAGGCUGUGGAUAUUGGAUGGAAGAAACCAGUCUUGCAACAAAAUCCACUUACUUCUAGAGGGGCAUCUUCACCAAGAUCUGUGGGAAAAAAACCAGAUGGAAUCUUGGCUCAUGUCUGGACUAUGCUUGUGGCAUUCUUUGUAGCCCUUGUUAUGCUAAUCCGAUCUGUUGCAUUACGGGCGACUAAGAAACUUCCAAACUCUGUUUUGGAUUCUGCCCACAACAUUCCUGACCUGACUGCUGACACAGUUCCCAUGGAGGAACUCCGGCCUCCAUCACCUGCUCCAGGGUUUAGCAAGGCAAACCUUCUCUCAGCUGCUUUGCAGAAGCUUGAUGAACUUGAGGAGAAGGUAGGCAUGCUGCAGGCAAAGCCUUUUGAGAUGCCUUAUGAGAAAGUGGAGCUAUUGAAUGCCGCUGUUUGUCGUGUAGAUGCGUUAGAAGCAGAGUUGAUUGCCACAAAAAAGGCUCUGCAUGAAGCUUUAAUGAGGCAGGAAGAACUUCUUGCAUAUAUAGACGGGCAAGAACAGGCCAAGCUUCGGAAAAAAGGAUGUUGCUGGUGAAGAGUCUGUUUCAAGAGGACUUGCGUGGUGAUAUGGUGGCUAUCUUUGCUUGUUAUGUUUAAAAUAUAUUUUCGAUAUACCAAGUAUGUCUUCCAGAGGUGCUGCUGUUUCUGUUUUUAUAAGCUUCCUUGUACGUUACGCGUUAUAAUAUUGUAAAUAAUGAAGAGUAUUGUACAACAUUCCUCAAGUUCUUCGGCCUGCGCAUGCGCAAUGACUCUCUAAUUUAUUUUGAUACUGUAGUUAUGAUAUGGAGAAAUUCACCACGAAAUAUGUUAGAACCUUAAUGUUUAUAACA